CAUGUAAUGUAUAGAUCUGCACGUAGCGGAAGCCUUUGUUUAAGUUGAUUCUGUGGAUGCAGAUAUAUUUAUUUUAGUACUUCUGGUAUUUUUAAAAUGCCUAAAGGACAAUUGUGUAAGCCUUCUACUGAAAAGGAUGGUAAUUGGUUCCCACAUAUCGGCGUGGAUACAAAGCUGCCCGUAUCAAGCACGCAGGCCAUGCUGAACCAAACAAAAACGGGGAUCGGGAACGAUUUCAAGCUGCCCCAGAUCUACAAAACCCAGCGCAAGAAUGGUGUACACAGCGGCUUUCCCUUCUCAUUACACGACAACAAGUACUCAUUGCACAGCGUGGAGUAUUUUGAUGCUGGACUCGGACGUAGAAAAAGUGGAAAGUCACAACAUUCCUCCCAAAACUUCAACCUCUUUUGCCACGAGACAUUACCAAAUGCCCCAAGCACGCUGGAUGGUGCGUCGCUGUAUCAGGAUACAUACAAAGGACGUCAGGACACAGAACGACCUUUCUGCAGGAGAUUCCCCAAAAACCAUAAAGAGAGGUCUGCUCAUAUGAAGCCGGUUCCCGAGAACCGCUUCAUGUGGUUUGGAGAUUAUCGCAGUCUACCAAUCUAACACCGCUGUAGCUGGAUCCCUACUGAUUAUACCGUGUAC